CAGAUACAAGUUUACAAAACUGCUUUGAAAGUCCCCAGGGAACUAAAAGACUGCAUGAGUGAUGAGACAUUCCAAAAAGCGCGCUUAUAUGGCCUUGAUAGGGCCAAUUUCGGUGUAUUUAGUGCCAUUAUUAAAGAUGUAAUACUAAUGGGCAUCGAACUAUACACUGGCUUUAUUGCAGUGCAAUGGGCCUGGGCAGUAGAUUUGGCGAAGCUUCUAUAUUUGAAUGAAGAAAAUGAAAUAAUCGUCAGCUGCUUGUUUGGGCUAGUCACAAGCGUGCUAGGAACAUUCAAAGAUUUGCCAUUUAAAAUUUAUUCUACAUUUGUGCUGGAGGAAAAGCACGGAUUCAAUAAGCAGACAGCAGGAUUUUUUACCUGGGAUCAAAUAAAAGGCUUCAUCGUUACACAAGUAUUGAUGGUUCCUAUCAUCUCGGCAACGGUGUGGAUUGUAAAGAAUGGUGGUGACCAAUUCUUUAUUUGGCUUUGGCUCUUCACAGGCAUCACAUCUUUGGUUUUGCUCACAAUUUAUCCGAUUUUCAUUGCGCCACUUUUUGACAAGUAUACACCGCUUGAGGAAGGUCCGUUGCGUAAAUCAAUUGAAGAUCUAGCUGCUCAGCUGAAAUUCCCGUUGACCAAACUAUACGUUGUAGAGGGUUCUAAACGUUCAUCACAUAGCAACGCCUAUUUCUACGGCUUAUGGAACUCCAAACGCAUAGUACUAUUUGAUACUCUAUUACUAAAUAAAGGUAAGCCAGAUGAUUCUGAGCUAAAAGAGGAAGACAAAGGCAAGGGUUGUACCAAUGAAGAAGUACUGGCAGUGUUGGGUCAUGAAUUGGGUCAUUGGAAAUGUGGCCACGUAACCAAAAAUAUAAUCAUAGCACAAGUGCAUUUACUUUUACUUUUCGUCGUUUUUGGAUAUUGCUUCACCUAUGGACCCUUCUAUGAAGCUGUCGGCUUCCAACCUGGCACGCGCCCUGUUAUAGUCGGUUUGCUAGUCGUGUUCACCUAUGUCAUGGCACCCUAUAACGCUAUUGUAAACUUUGCUAUGAUUACACUUUCACGUUACUUUGAAUAUCAGGCUGAUGAGUUCGCACAUGGACUAGGUUUCUCGAAACAAUUAGGCCAAGCUUUAAUUAAACUUAAUUUGGAUAAUUUGGGCUUCCCAGUGUACGAUUGGUUGUACUCGGCCAGCAAUCAUUCACAUCCAACACUCUUACAACGUAUGGAUCGUCUUAAGCAGUUGGAUGCAGGAGAUGAUACGGAAAAGAAGGAGAAGUAAAUGUGAAGCUAGCAUCAGCGUAGGAAGGAUGGAGGAUAGUCUUCGAUCAAUUCGGUAGCGUUAGCUGCCAACAUUGUACUCGCACUACAACGCUGCUGUGUCUAGUACCGACUAGUCUCACUGCGAUUUGAAUUACGUAAUAUAUUAAAUUUCUUUUUGUUUUUUUUUUUUUGUACAUUUAUAUUUUUCAAGUUGUAUACAUAUGUACAUAUAUACGUACGUUAGUUGUACAAAUUUAAAUUCAUUCAGAAAUAAAUCGGAAAAAGCACAACUUUUUAAUUAAUUGAA